CAAAAAAUAUGGACUGAAGUCCAAUGAUAUUGAUGAUAAUAUUACUAAAUAUUUAAAUGUAAAGGCAGUGUCCACAGUUGUAUAUUUUUACAGAUAAAAUGUUUAUCAGUUUUCGAGAAGAAAUUAUAAAUAACGGAUAGAAUGGAUAUUUAAUAACAGUGAAAGUUACAGAUAUGAUUGCAGUAAUCAAAAUACAUUUUCUUAGUAAAAUAAUUAAGAAAUAAAUGGAAGUGAUUAAUUUUAUAUAUCAACAUUAAUGGAUAAAACAAUGUUGUUCACCACCGAAGGCCCCGAAGCGAUGUCUUGGGGCCUCAACUCUACUAACCAUGGAACAUUUAAGGAAAUAAAAAUGGAUUCAAAUUUCUUGAUGUUACUUGCAUCUCUUGUUUUUGCAGUGUCUUGGGUUGUUUAUAUUGCUUAUUACAAUUCGAGGGUUUUUGGGUACAUUAUAACGAAAAUUGUCAAUCGCUUAUUUAUAAGCGAAGGGUAUUUUAAAAUUGGUUCAUUUUCUUUCAACGCAUUAUCUGGUAAAAUCAUGUUUCGAGAUGUUGUUUAUAUAAGUUAUGAUUAUACUGCUAGAGUACAAGAUGGAUAUUUGAUCUUUCGAUGGUGGAGGUCUUAUAUACCCAAGGAUGUCAGUGAAGAUCUUUCACAUUCAGACACCAGACUUUCUAUAAUGCUAAUUGGUUUCGAGUUACAUGUCUAUAAUAGGUGUGAUGUAUAUUCAAAAUUAGAGGAAAUAUUUGGUCUCAAAGAAGUGUUUGCUGAACACAAAAUAUCCGAACACUUGAAUGUUUCUGAAAGUUUGGGGGAAAACAGUUCUGUUAGAAAGCAAAGACCAGAAGCAGCUAUGGCUAGAACCUGGAGGGAUCUUAUUCCUGUUAUAAAGUGUGAUAUUUCUUCUAGUCGGUUAGUAUUUGGAAAUCGACUAAUACCAACAACUCUUAGCAUUUCCUUUGAAGAGUCUCACUUUGUUUACUCAACAAAGCCUGCUGUGUGCACCUUAGAUAAGUUUAUGCAUUUUGUGAAGUGUAAAGGAGAAAAUGUUAAAGUGAUGUUAGCUCCAAGCCUAAAGUAUACUGGUCUUACUGAUCAACCUCCAAGGUAUAUGGGAGAAGGCUUCGUACUCUUGCAAUCCAACAACAUGGAACUUUAUUUCUACAUGGACGAACCAGGCCUUGUACCUGAAGAACCGGUGCUUGUGACUCUUCCGAAUGGUGACAUAGUGGCUUCUAGUGCUCCAAAGUGGGGAAUAGAUAUCAAAUGUGGAAAAAGUACAAACUUCAGCUAUGGUCCGUGGGCUGAUCGACAGAGAGAACACCUUUUCAAAUUUUUUUACCCCCAAGAUUACCUUCCCAUGGAAGUAACCAAAACACCCAAACCAGGAGAUAAGCGUCAGAUGGAAUCUUUUGAAGUCAGGAUGCUGGUACAGAAUGAUGCUACAAUCGAUGUUUUGUUCACAAAGGAUAAAGAAACUAACGCUGUGCACAUAAAUAUAGGAGCAGGAAGUUAUUUAGAGGUGACAAUACCAUGGGUGACAAAACCGAAUGGUUUCACAAACAAAAUUAAUGGACAGCUGCUACACGUGGAGGCAACUACCAGUUUACAGUUUAGAGAUUUCAUCAAGAGUGAAACAUUAGAAUUUGGUUUGGAAUGUCACUAUCCUCUAGUGUGGAAUGAACAUCAACUAUGGAAAAUUAAUCUGACGGCCUGUAAAGCAACAAUUCAUGUGAUUUUCAGCCAUAAAUGGUUUUUCCAAGAUAUGAUAAAUGAUUGGGCUUCAAAACAGCGGCCAGACCUUAUCCAUUUUGUACCAUAUACCUGGCAGAUAGCAUUGAACUUGAAACACUGCGAACUUUUAACUCUAGUCAAUCAGUACAAUUGGAUAGAUUGUAGUUCAGUUGGGCAAAGAAGCCGUCUAGAGAAUACAAUGCUCGGCUGUUGUGCCCAUUUCAUACAUUUAUCUUUUGAUCUCCCUUUUGACGAAUACUUGCCUGAAACUAUUCCUCUCAAUUUUGGGAUACAGGGAGAGAGUAUAGACUUGAGCCUUUUCAUUCCUGAAUUCCACUCCACUAGAAAUACUGUGACUGCCCUACACAAACACUCAAAGUUGCUGUCAAAAGAUGGCACUACAACAAAAAAGACUGAAUUGAUACCAAAGUGGCGAAAUGUUUGUAAAGAAAGCGAUGGCUGGGUUGAUUUCUGGUGGGUUCCUAUAGGCGCGAUAAAUAUAAUGUACACCUUUCACCCCCAGCCACCUUUGGGGCCCCAACCUCAAGCAGACAUUUCAACUCCUGUCAAAGAAGAAAUACUGCUUUCUCCAAUGAGGUUCCCCCAUAAUAGAAAGAACCGUAAAAGACCUCCUGAAGGAUUUCAGAAGUUUGAUCCUACGACGCUCAAAGCGGAUACUGUCAAUGUUGAAUUGGAAAUAGGACCUUCUGUGCUUCGCUUAUAUGGAACUGCGUUGAAGAAUUUCAUGAAUUUCAAGGAAAACAUAUUUGGGGAAGAUCAAUCUUUUACAGAUAUGCAACAAGCAAAUAAUCAAGAUCAAGGGGGCGAACUGAAAACUGAUGACAGUAAUUAUAACAUUCCGUUGGAAUUGCGAGAAGAUUUCGAUAAGAGGGAAUAUAGACCCUUGGAAGUAGAUGUUUCUAUUGUUAUUCAUGACAUACAAGCACAUCUGCUCAAACACUGCACAGAGAAAGAUCCUCCUUGUCCUGUUAUUUUGGUUGAAAGAUUCGGUUUCGAAAUGAAAAAAAGAUAUGAACAAACCGAACUGCAACUUCUAUUGAGCCCUGCAGUGCUUCUAGUUUCUGAUAAUAUGAAUAGAGGUCCCAAACAUAAGCAUUUAAAUCAGGGAAAAAUUACAUUAUCAUCCAUUCAGGUUAGGGGCCACGCAAUGUUCUCAGAUGUCGACAGAUCACUAGAUCAAGAUACCCUAGAGUAUGCCUGGCUAGUUGAGGUGCACCUGGGCAAGCUGACAGGAAAACUAACAACGCCGCAGCUUUGUACCUUAUCAGCCAGUAUAGAAACUUUAGUAGUUCUGAUUCUGGAUGACGAGAACGAACUAAUACAUCCGAGCGAGGAUGAUUUCACAGCGGUGCCAGAGCAAAGAAAGAAAAGCGUGAUAUCUACCCAACCUCUUCAGCAGGCUUUUCAACAAUUCUACACGAAUGUGAUGGUGAAGAACCAGCAUAAUUCCAAUAGUGUGGGUGUUCAAGGUAUGAAGUUUGGAAGCACUGACAGAAGCUCGAAGAACAAUUUGAAAUCUGCAGCAGAAAAGAAAAAAGGCGAGGAUUUGGAAAAGAAAGGAAGUUUGACAAAGAAGGAGGUUGGAGAUGCAGUGAAUCAGGAUUGUCAUAAAUUGAAGUACAAAUUCACCAGGGUGGCUGUGGAUGCAUUGGAUAUCUGGCUAGUGGAGAGUGGAACUGCGCUCCAAUUAUGGGUAUCUCCUUUACGGCUAUCAACAUGCAACCUUCAUGGAAAACAAGUAAACUCAGGUCUCAGUUGCAUAGCUUUCAGCUUGUCGUUGAGGCAGUUAAUAUGGCAACAACAGAAAUACAACCAUAAAUCAUCAACCGAUGAUCUUUGGCUGGAAGUUGGGGCCGUGAAUUUCGGACCUAUAAUAGUAGAAUCUGCAAUAUCUAGUGCCGAUGCUAAAGAUCAGAAUGCCUACGAGAUGCAACAAAAGUUCCUCAGAAUGCACGACGAACGUCAGAAAAAACUGUGGUUCUUGUGGCCUGAACUAAACAAGGUACAGGGCAGGUGUGGAUGUACAGGUGGUUGUUGUUUCUUUGGUGAAAAUAAAAAUGGACCCAGGUUCUUCAGACCUAGUAAAACAGAUCUAGAAGAUGGUAUAAACGUUUCAGCGUUUAGGAUAAAUGAACCUGGGAUGUAUCCCGGAUUUGGUCAAAGUAUCUUACAUGAACGAAUGCUUAUUUUUCGAACCACGCCUUAUAUUUACAACGAAAUUUAUUUGCAAGACGUAGUUAAGCAAAACACGAAAGUUGACAAUACUGGAAGCCUCAAGAAAUCUUUCGAUAGUCCCAGAAUGCCACGUUUGGAACGUGAAAAAUCUGUAGAUACUGAGAAGGUAGAUAGUCCCAUUACUUCUCUGGAAAGAAAGACUAAUAGAAGAUUUUCUUCUUCUUCAGUAAGGAGUGCCAUAAUCAAGGAAGUACCUUAUGCAAGGUUAGUGGAGACUUGUCCUCCCCUUUUAACCACAGCAAAAUUGGACAGUGACUCUAAGCUUCACAUGGAGAAAGGCAAACUAUCUGUUACUUCAGGAGACGUUGACUUUCCUCCUAAAAACAGUGUUUCUGAUUCCAAACUAGCAGUAGACUAUUUCAAUUCUCCAAAACCCGAUAAUUUUGAGGUUCAACUGAACAGCGGUCCUGGUAGCGAUGUUUCAGCCUCUAGUCCAGGUGCUAAUAUUUCUCUUAAUGAAUCAGAGUCUCAACACUCAAUUGGUACUAGACAUAGCUCAGAGGAACGUCUUCAGAAGGAGGUACAACGAACAACUUCCAUGUCAAGUGAGAAUCAUUCCGAAGCCUUCUUUUCCGCGGAUGAAGAUCUUCAUCUCAACUCGAGAAGUUCGAGUUUGAGAAAUUCGAUUCUAAGUACGGGAGGGAUCUUGAUGAGGCAGGAAAGACAGCCUAUAUUAGCAAGUUCUCAGGGUCCAAGAAAGAAGUUUUCUAGUGAGCUUAGUAUAGUUACUGAUAGAUCAGCAAUGCAAAGAAAUGGUGUUGUUUUACAAGCGCCUGGAUCAGCACCGGAAACUACUAGAACUAGGUUAUCUUCCCAUCGGAGUGAUCAUGAGAUUCACACACCAGAACAUAGGAGCUUUACCCUCAACAGACAGAAUGAAAGCAUUCAUAGAUCAUCAGCUGUUCAAGGCCUAGCCACUCCUAACAGAAACCCAAGCAAUAGAUCAGUAAGUCCACGUUUAUGGCCACAAACGAGCACUAUAUCCCAACCUGAUUCUGACAUCAACCAUCCUGAAUUAGAUGCUAGAUCCUCGAGUUCAGGCACUCGUUCAUCAGAUAACUUGAGCAAUAAUUCUUUUCUCUCAGCUCAAGGAAGUCAAGAAGAUUUCACUUUGAUAGAUUUACAUAGGCAAGUCAAUAGACCCAUUGUCGAUUCUUCAAUGCUUAUGUCCAGUUAUGUGACUCAUUUGAGUCAGUUGAGGUGUACAAAUUGGAACGAUAGUGCACAUGAAGGUCCCAUCGAUCAGUUCUCAUUAUCCCUAUUUGAAAGAAUCGAUAAUAAAUUGGUGUAUUCUGGAGGACGUUUUGUUCCGCAAAUGGAGACGGUUAUGGAUGGUAUGACCUCCAUGAAGAUGGUGACAAGGUGCGACUCCAGCGCUGGUAAUAAAACACCUACUAGUCCUUUCGUUUAUUCCUGGGAGCAAGAAGAAUUGGACAAAGAACUGCAGGAGGUUCAAGAAGAGGAAAUACUUGGUUUUCAGACACAGGGCGGUUGUAGAACCACUAUAAUAGUUAAAAUAAAAGGUGAUUUAGAUGUAAUGGUCAGCCCUCUACUUCUGGAAUCCUUUCAAAGGUUUGUGGAUUCUUUAACUUCCACAGUAUCUGGUUUACAUCCAUUAACGGUAAUAAAUCAUUUACAUACUUCUUGUAUCGGUCAAGUAGCUGCUGCAAAUGUUCUUCAAACCACAGAAAAUGUCAGGAAAAUAUGCCAAUCGGCAAAUGGUCUCAAUGAUAAUAGCGAUUCGACAAAUCUGGGUAGUUAUGAAGAAUGCAUUAAAACUCAAUUGCAAGCUGCAAUUUUCCUGCCUAAGGUUAAUGUCACUUUUCUUCAAGUUUCAAUUGUAGAGGAGAUCAUAUCGUUCUCUGCAUUAGAUAACGUUAAAGAUUUUACCUGUGUUUCACUACUAUCAGUUUGUUUCGAUAAUAUUGUCAUGAAGUUCCAUUGUGACAAACAAGCCAAAGAAAUUCUUCAAAAAUUCCACCGACCAGCUGUUGUUCAAACAGGUAGCAAAAAAGGAGCAAAUCGAGCCAGAAUACUUCUUGGUCUUCAAACAUACACUAAUGCGGAUAUAAUAAAAGGUGAGCCAGUCUUCAUAGAAAGCUGCAAGAAACUGCAAAAGCAGUUGGUUUUCUGCCUGAAUAUCGGAAAGGUACAUGGCCAACUACGUAGGUUGAAAAAUGAGAGCAGCAUAUUGGAUGAUGCUGUCAUAACUGCUAUACCCAGUUACAAAUCAAAGGUUUUGUUCACGCCAGCAAAAAUGAGGCCUCUCUACAGAGGAAUUGAAUACUAUUUACAACCUUCUUAUUGUGAGAGCAUUAGCGCUCAACAAGAAGAAAAUAACACUGAGGAUAAAUUAGGUUUCAUUAUGUUUGAGUGUGGCCUUGAAGGUAUAAACCUAAAGAUUGUUAAAAAAUCUGAAUUUGAAGAAGAGUGUGAAGACGAUAAGAAAGAGAAAAAGACUGAAACAUCAGGAACAAGUGGCGACCCUGAUAAAGGAAAUGAAGACUGUGAUCCUUUGGUGGAAGAUAGGGGUACGACAUCUAGACCAUGCUCUGCAACGCCUAAAAAUGGAGAUCGUCUGAGUAGCCUUCAAAGACCGACAACCCCAAAAGUUUCUAAUGAUAAAGGCGACAAGAAAUGUAAGGAUAAGGAGAAAAAUGCUGGUACAAGCCAACCAGGAACUUCGCAGCCCACUGAGAAUUGUAAAGACAAUGCAGAAAAAGAUAUGGGAAAUGUAUCAUCGUGUGUUAUUGAACUUAAGGUUGUCUGGUUCAAUUUUGCUGCUCCUCCAAGGGCUCCUAUUACCCGGAAAAUUGAUUAUACAAGGUUGGACUGGAACUUACUGAGCACUGCAUCACCGGCUAUAAACGCAUGGAUGAACCCCAGUAACAGGCUAGCAAUUCGUGUAGUGCACUUAGUCAGGACUAUGUAUAGAAGAUCGACGGCAACUGUUGCUUGUAUUAUGGCUGAAGCUUUGGAUAUUCAAAGAGUUCAUACUCUUCCAAAGAGUCGGUAUGGAAAGUUAACACCCUUAUCUCAGACGCUUCAAAACGACCCAAAUCUACAACUCUGCUCCAUUCUGGAGAGGUAUUACCUAGAAAUAGGUGCUAGUGUUAUCGAAAGUCAUCUUAAGGAAAAUGAGAUGCCUCAAUUGUUCACUUUAAGACAGGGCAUUGUUGUUCUUAGCAGACAGUGGAAAAACAUACUGUACACACCUUUAUUAGGCCAACAUACCAUGAAGUCAAGGGUGAAACCAUUGAGUACAACAAUUGCUAUUCCUGAGGUAACCGAGGAAGUGACACUGACUGAUGGGGAGACGAGUGCUAAUGAAGAACACGAUAUUUCCGACGAAAAUGCACGCUUGUUACACAAUUUCAAAACUGGGACGGAUAUUUCCACACAAAAAGAUCAUACAGAACAGACAACUUCUCCUCGAUCUUCAGGAUAUUUAGAUGGUACUGGGCCCAAUCCGCAAAUCGCUGUAGUACCCAGAGGUGUGGAGAGCAUGCUAACAUCACCAUCCCCUCCUGUCCCCAAUAGGAAACGUAAGAAGAGUUUACCUCACGUUCCACCUCCUAAUAGUAGUCGGGCAAGUGUAAUUUUGCCCUUGCUUAAUAACGGAUAUCCUUUUGUUCAAAAAAGGAGCCAACCGGAUGAUAGUAUAGGUUACGGUGCACUUAGAGAAGAUAGGACAAUAAUAAACAUGGGUUCGGAUCCGAGUGAAGUAAAUUCAGGAUCUAGCCCAGAGUUGCCUUCAAGUCCUCUUCACAGAACCUUGGGAAACACAAACUUCUCUGAAGAUAUGUAUAGUUGGAUGGCUAAACAAGACACGACAACUAACACUGGCAAAGCACCGUUAGAAGGUUGUCUUGAAUCAAAAAUAAAUACCCUUCAGACUGAAUCAUCUGGUGAACCUGAUACUCUUCCUAGGGAAAACUUGGCUGCUCCUGAAGUAUCUCUAGCUCCAAUACAAGAUUCCGGGAGACUUUUAGAUGCAAAUCAAAUAUUCCAACCUGUUUUAUCUGUUUUAGGAGUCAUACCGCAACAACUUAGGUUCACAACCGUUUCUGAAUCCUCUGCAGGUAAUGAAGUCACCACAUUGGACGCUUUAGGCUCCAAUUUCUGCUUGGUUGGUAGCAUGGAUACCAUGAGGAUUGACAUAGUAGUAUCGGAGGCAGAUUAUGGAAAACAUGAGAAAAAGAAAGGAAGAAAUAAAAACAAGCAAAAAUUAUUCAUUGAUAUUCCAGUUGAUGAAUCUCCAUCUUUCGUUUGCGAGAAGAUAUCUGUUGAGAUAGAAAUUGAAAGAAUUGCCGAUAUGAAUGUUAAUGAAAUGAUGAAAUCGGAAAAUAUAUUUUAUAUUUCAAGAAGUCAAUUGAAGAAUCAUACCAGCACAGUUAUUAACUUCACUAUUGGUGUCCAUUAUAUAUCUCAAAGGGUUAAUAUGCCUUUACUGAGAUUACUUCAUCAAAUUUCAAAUAUGUAUCAAAAUGUGAAAGAUGCAAGAAAUGAAAUGCACGAACAACAACCUACUGAGAUUCGUAGACCGAAAACAAGUGCUAGCGAUCAUCUGGAUAUGAAAUUACAUUCUUCCAAUUCUGCACUUCAUGAUCAUCAUGUCGAUCUUUCAAAGCAACUAAGUAUCAAAGUAUCAGAUGCUGGUUCUUAUACUUCCUCUCAAAUGCAUAAAGCUGCUAUAUCUCCGUCUCCUAGCCUUCGUUCAAGGCCACAGAGCUUCGCACAGAAGCUAAUUUCCACAAGUAAAAGCGUAAAAGGAUACAUAAACCUCAAUGAAGGAAUUGGUACACCUAUUACUAUGAGCAGCCCCUCAGGUUCUGCUUUGGAUAGGGCCACAGUUUCUUCAGAUAAAAGUAUGACUAAUGCUGGAAGAUGUUGGAAAACUAUUUAUCAUCUGAUCGAUUUGUAUAGUAAUAUGCCAGAGACCAAGACAAUCAACCACAGAUUUUCCAUGGGCAACUGUGGAGACAUCUCUGAACAUUAUAAAGGUAAUAGAAAAUACGAUUUACUUACAGAAAUGAAAUCAUCAGAAGAAAUUGAUAAAGAGAUGACCCCUCCCCUAAAUAUAAAUAAAGAUUCAAAGAGGGUGCACUUUAAACAUGUAGAGGUGAAGGAUAAAGGGUAUAUUAGAAUGUCAACAACACAAGAACUUUCAAAAUUGGUCGUCUUUGGUGUGGCAAGAAUACAUAGGACUAAAUUGCUAGCCACACUUUCUGGUCUCAAACUCGAGGCUGAAAUUACCAGUCUCCAUUCAAGCUUGACAUGCAGAAACAAGAGCACUCCAAACAUCCUAGAGUAUUCCAUAACAGGACAAGUUGGAAAGACCAUGAUAGUACUCCUUGAAGGCACUGCCCCUAACUUGCAGACUGUGGUUAGAGUUACAAUAGGAAAGUCCCAAACGUUAUACUCCAGCGUUUCUAAAAGAAGCAAGGAUAAAAAUGCCGGACUACUUACUAUUGGAGCUGUGAACAUAGAUAUUCCCCAACAUCCAGUAGCUCUCCAUGGAAUGGUAACUAGAGGCAGCAAGCAACUAAGUUCGACCAUACAAGAGUUGAGGGUCACAAGAACUGCGAGUCGAAUGUCUAGAGGUCAACAGGCUGAUGAAGAAGGACCUAACAGUCCCAACCAUCCUCUUCAUAUGCCACAUAUAUUCUCCUCCAGUUACAUGAAAAGCAACGUAUCAGAGAAGAGCCUUUUGCAGCCUCUUGUUAUGCAAUUUUCCGUGAUAUUACAGAGUCUGAGUAUAACAGCAGCCCUUUUACCAUCUUUACAAGCACAGUAUAAAAUGGACCAGGUGAAUAGCACAGGGUUCACUGGCAGCAAAGCAAAAUUCACAAUUGAUCUUCCACAUCAUUCAUUGAGUUUCAAUACAAAAUUGCAGGGUGACAAAGCAGAGGCGAACCUUCCAUCAGAAGCAAGCAUUUCCCUUCCCGCUAUUCACGUGUCUGCAGAAUACAUUCCCGAAAACGCAGUUUUGGGUCCGAGAAACGACCAGAGGGAACACGAAGGUGCUGUCUUCAAGCCAGGCGGCUACCUGAAUGCAAAAGCUGACAUAGGCAUCUUUAAACACAGCCUCACAACAGAUCUUCUCAACCACUUAGUUUUUGUGCAAAAGGUCUUCAUGAAAGAAAUCAACGAGGUCAUCCAGAAGGUGUACGGUGGAGAGAGGCCGGUCCCAUUGUGGCUGGAAGAAUCUGAGGAACCAUCAUCUCUUACCAGGAUCUUAUUCUCCCUGAUUAUCAGAAUACAGGGCAUUGAAAUUACAGCAACGACCGCUGGAAGCUCUGCCGUUAGGCUUGAGACAGGUGAAGUUGUUUUUGAGCUAUCCAACCGAAUACAAAACAUAUCCAGAGCGAGCAAAAAUAGUACAGCGGCUAAACUGUUUGGAAAAGCUCAAGUUGACCUCAAAUUAUCCCUUGGACAACUCAUAAGAAAUGCAUUGUUCGAAGAAGCAGAAAUAGAAUUUCAGCCAGUUGCGUUUUUCAACACAAGGAUUGGACUUAGGAACGCCUUCCAGGAUGAAAUAGUAGAGGGUGAAGACAAAGAAGUCGUUCUGCUAACCCUAAAGAGGCCGCUGGUUUAUAUUCAACCAGCCGCCAUUGACAAGGCCAUUUUAGUAUGGCUCAAUUAUAAGAACGCUUAUGACUAUUGGAAUGAAAAAAGGGCAAAUUUAAACAAAGAGAUGCUAUUCGCUACCAAUCAAGUUCCGGAGAAGUUUCAACUGGGUCAAUUGACAAGUCAGUUGAGUACUCAACACCUUGGCACCCUCUUUAUGCAGCUGACAGUGGAGGACAUGGGAAUAUGUCUUCCUUUGAAUCCACUGCCUUUGAACUGGAAUCAAAGGAACUUUCAUGAAGAUAUCAGGGGUGCUGUGGUAGUGACUUUGGAGAAUACCAGUAUUUCUGCUUGCAGUUCGGGCUGUCUGGUGAGCAAAGGAAAAUUUUCGAACUUGUGCCUGAGAUUCGCCGACGAUUUUGAAAAUAGUUUUGAUGAUUGGAAGCCUGACAUGAACGAUUCUUCAAUUAUGAACCUUUGUGUUGUAAGUGAUGGUACAUAUGACUUUUGUAGCAGAACUAUAGCAGCAAAACAACCGAAUGAAAAUGCCAAAUGGUUCUUAAGCGUCCAAUGGCAGAUGGAAGGUGUGGACAUACACCUGGAUACCAACAUAGGCAAGCAGUUAUCAGCCCUAGGCCAUACUUUAACAAUGCUCACUGGUGCUGAAGAUCCCCCCCUUCACAUGGAUUACGAUAGUGAUGAUAACGACACACCUGAUGGACUCAAAGCGUCACAGGAAAGUAUUUUGAAAACAAUCGGUGCUACAACUGAUCACAGAGCUAGGUCCAAGGCAAUUGAAAAGGCAAUGAAUGAGCAAGCAAAGAUAAUCAAUGACUUAAGAUCUUUGGGAGCUUCUCACGGUACCAUUGAGGAUGAGAUGAAGAAACUUCACGAACUCGAGGAAUUGGUGUACAAGGACUUCCGGAGGGAUAUGAUCCAAAAAUUGAGAAGGCAAAGUGUUAGAGCAUCUUCCAUCAAAAGAAAAUUUGGACUUGGUGAUAGGCAGGGAGACACUGCAUUCAGAUCUAAAUCGUUUGUUAUGAGCCAUCCUAUGCCGGAGAGGGAUUAUAGCCCUGAUAAUGGUCAAGGUAUGUCAGGAAGCUACGAGAGCUCUCCAACAUCUGGUCCCUCAAGAUCUUCGUCUUUGAGAGUCAAAAAUAUCGACAACGGGCUGAGAGUGCACUUCAACGAACAACCACCAACAAGAAAAUCCUCUCUACCCAGCGCGUGCUCAGACCUUAGUAUCGCCGGAAGCCAGAUAGAUUGGGUUGAUCAGUUGGACAUCGACGGUGAGAAGGUACAGUUACGUAAAAAGAUGCCGAAUGAAAAUAACCCUUUCGACACGACUCACCCUUAUUCUUCGAGCAACUUCUCGAGCAAUUCAGGAGUUUCGCAGAAGCCCCAAGAACCGAACGUCGAUUUGGAGCUCGACGUUAAAGUGUUCAUAAAUAGCGGAAAGUGCGUCUUGCACACGAAAGACAUACAGACAGUCCAAGAGGAUGCAAAGUUGACCAAGAUGAAAAAGGACAGGAGUUGUUCGGCUGGACUUUUGGAGUUUCCUCCGAAUUCGAGUAGUCCGGAUCCUCUCAGGAGAAAUAAGGACAAAAAUAUGGGACAGUUUGGAACUUCUAGGUUGAGGAUGAAUCCUCAUGCUUCAUUGGUCGACCUCACAAUCUUUCAUAUACCGGGAAUGGAUGUUAAGCUGCAUUAUGUGUCGAAGGUUGUUCCAGAGGCUGAAGGUCAACCAGACCUCCAAGCACAAAAUUCAGAUUUCGAAAAAGCAUUCAAUAACACCCGAUCCUUCAGUGCCACUUUCUCAAGCGACGAAACCGAGGAGAUGCGUAUAGACAAAGCUUUCAAACGACAGGACAGCCAACCAUUCUCAUUCCCUCCCCAACAGCGCGUCACCACCCCUCCCGAACUACGCACCUCCACCUCUUUGCACGGCAUCACCAAUCCAAACUACGGUUCUUCUCCAACUUGUUCGAGUUCCGGCAGUUCGGAGGACUUACGAUGCGGGGCCACGCCUCCCAUCAGUCCGGUGAAUGGAGCACGGGCGAAUGUAAACUUGGGGGCGGGCAAUCAGAUACCCACGAAGAAGAUGGGAGUGAAAAAGGCGCAACUGUUCGCCUGGAUGACGUUGCAGAGCGUGCCGGAGGAGACGAUUAUUUCACCGCAUAUUUUGGAGUUUUUGGAGCAGACGUUGGAACCGAUACCGGCAAAAUCGACGUUCAGAAAUGGAGACACUUCUUUGAUGUCAAGUGAUCAAGACAAUACAAAUUACGGCAAUUACGUCUACGCCAGUUUUCCGGUAGAUGUCAUCGUAUACUUCCAUAUGCAACCCAGUACUUUCAGAUUCAGCUGUCUUCCAGUGUCUCGAGUCGAAUGUCUGCUCAAGCUUCCAUCAUUAGACAUCGUUUUCAGUUCGAAAAGAGCUGAAGAUGAACUUCUUCAAAGUGAAUUUGGUGAUGGUCUUCCAAACUCAGUCUCUACGGCUGUGGGUGGCCUUAGUGUAACUGCCUGCCUCUCAGACUUCUCCGUUUACAUAUUCCACCCUUACGGAGGAAAGAAAACUACUCUGAAGGAAUCACACUGGUCGCCUUUGUCGGAUAGCGAACGAAAAGAUUCUUUGUCCAUUAAUGUUGAAUUUGUGAAGAUACACUUGUCUAGGUCAAGAAUGCUCAAUUUUCAACAGCAAGAUAUGUCCUUCAAAGGCAAAUCGUCCGGUGACCAAGGCCAGAGCAGGGCUGUUAUAAGGUUUUCAACAAUAACUGAUAUUGGAUCGGCGUCUUUUAAAUAUGAUAUGAGGAGAUUAACCGAAAUACUAGCAUUCCCGAAAGCUUGGUAUAGACGUUCCAUUGUUAGAAGAAUGUUCUUAGGAGAUUUGAGUAUGUCUGCAACUCACACUGAUGACGGAGAAUCGUCAAGUUAUAAUUCUUCACCAGGGGCUUAUAGAACACACGAGAACAGAGGUUCAAAGUCUACAGAUAAGUCACCCUUACUAGCUAACCGCGAAAGGUUAAGACUGGGAAAACUGAAAGAAUUCGGUAUAGGCCUCAGUAGUGAUUCAAAUCAAGAAAAUAACAGUCCCUCAGAACAUAAAAACAUGACCUCUUGGGAGACUCUAGUACUUUUCGCAGUCAAUUUCAAGAAGUUGAAUGUUCACAUGAACAUGGGAAAUGUGAUGGGUAACGUGAGUUGGUUAACUAAAGAGUUCAGAAGUGACGGAAGAUUAGGCAUAGGAUCUACAGGACACAAAAAUCUGUAUAUUGCUCUUGGUUUGGGCGGUUCAGGUUUAGACGCAAAGGGAGGUAUUGUAGGAGGAAAUAUCGAGAUAGCCAACAUUGACACUUUCAUUCAUAUAAGAGAAGAACCUGAUGUUGAACCAGAUCACACAGUAGGAGUGAAACUACACGCUUUGGAAUUGAGGUUAGAUUAUAUGGCAAGUUCGGUCUUAAUGUUCAGGGUGAGCGAUUUGAAGGUGAAUCUGAGGGAUGAGUGGAAAUUGAACAGAGCUGCUUCAAAGGAUUCUUUCAUUCCUACCAGAAGACCCGCAAUGAUCUUUAUGCAUGGCGAUUUGGGAUGGGACCAGCUGCAGAUGAUGAUUUCUAAGAACACAACAACAGAUCUACUGAAAAUGUUCAAUAAGCUAGAAGAGUUCUUCUCUCAGCAGUUCAACAGCAGCAAGAGGGCUUUCAGUGGAUAUUCUUCCUCUUCCAGGCAUUCCAAAAAUAAUUCACAGAAAGCCAAAGAUCAAACUAACCAACAAAAUCCGGCUUAUCAAAUUGAAGCGAAUCAUCACAGGCACUGGCAGAGGGUUCUUGCAACAAUUGCCGGCUUACAGUUGAACACAAUGCCUUCUCCCUUACCCCAAUAUGGAACAGUGCUUGGAGGCACAAUGGAACUUCACGGAAACAAUAUUUCCCUGGCAUGUUUUCAUGGUGUUAACUUCAAGAGUAAAUCCUGGGCCCUGUUCAGUCUAAAAGAGCCUUGCAUCACUUUCAAUACCGAAGCACAGGAAAUACCUUCAUCAAGCAAAAACCCCCCAGCUCAAGAUGUCCAUAUAGUACAAACCUUGACAUGUAGUUUGGGACUAAGUACUUAUAAAACAGACCUGUCCAUGGCCACUGUUUGUAAGGUGUCUAGAACAGUUAUGUUUCCUCCUCAAUUCAAAACAUGGCAGGAAUGGUUCCACUAUACUUUUGCCAGCAGUCAGAUUGAUGAAGUGGACAGGUUUCCAUCACUUGAGAGAGAAAGAAGUGAAACGACUAACAGCUUCGAAAGAUCUAGAGGUAAUCAACAAAAAUUACCAGAUCCAAACCUCAAUAGGGAGGUUAUAUUUGCUGUCCCUAGUUUGCAGCUGCAUCUGAAAACUGAACAUCUUCAAACUUCUAGUAUUCCAGAAACUUCAGAUGAAAAUAAACCAUCUGUUGAAUGCAGUUUCAUAACAGAAUUUGAAGAUCACAUAUUUGUAACUGUAGACGCAGAAGCUUUCUUUUUUCUACAUGAUGUUAUUACUUCCUAUAUAAGAGAAAAAGAAAAAGUGCUUGGAGUUAGUGACAAACGUAACAGCUUGGAUUUUCAGGAUCCCAAACAGAAAGACCCACAGGUUGGUUCAACUGAUCCAAACAGAAAAGGUUCUAUCGAUUCUAAUAUCUUUUCUACCGAUUGGAGAGAUUUCACCUGCAAAACGUGGCAUUUGGAACCUACCGUUAGACUUUUGAGUGUAGCUGGAAAAUAUAUUGAACCUUAUGGCGUCGAUUAUAUACUCCAAAAACUUGGUUUUAGUCAUGCCAGAGUUACAAUUCCUAAAUGGAUGCAAAGAGGUUUCAUGGAUCCUCUAGAUGCCACAUUAGCGGUUCUCACCCUCAAAAUGAUUCAGGUUGUCAGGGGCGAAGGAAACAAAAAUGAGAAAGAAAAAGCUAUGGAAACAAAAAAAUUGGAAUUCAAAUAAAGGCUCUACAUUACAGAAUACUUAAUAGUUCGUGUUGAUGUCGUAGUAGCAUGAAACAAUAGAUAAAUAUAAUAUCCAUAACCGUAACAGUUGAGAAUAUUCAAAAAUUAUUCUAUUUAUAAUUAUUUUUUUCAACGUUUCAGUAAGGUAGAAUACAUUGAGAAAAUAUUAUGUGAUACUGUUACUUUGAAAAUUGGUUGUGAGGAUUUGAGGGAUAAUGGAGAUAAUCACUUUUUAGAUAUGAUCGGACUGAAUAUCAUUAACAUUUAUAUAUUUCAUUUGAUUCAGGCGAAUUUGUAAUGUUUAGAUUAUAAACAUUAUGUUGCUACUGCAAUUAUUCUUGCUAUAUACCAUAUAUUUUAUUUCAAUUUUGAAUAAUUGUAGAAAUGGAUAUCCAGUUUUUACCAAAGGAAAAAAGAAUUUAGAGUAGGAAAAAUUGAAAGCUCUCUAAAUUCAAUGAUACAUUUAGGAUAUUCAUAAUAUUCUUAUUCAAAGAAUUUAUUUUUCUGUAAAUAUUAAGUUCAAAGUUGUAAAUUAUUUAUUUAAGGUGAGCAUUGUUAUUAGAGUAUGAUAUAACUUGUUGUAGAUUUUUUUUAAAGGAUUUAUAGUAGUGUCCAUAAAGAAUUCAUUGAAUGUAUAAAAAAUUAUAUAAUUUUAGUUCUGCAAUAUUUUUACCAAGGACUGAUUUCAAUGUUCCAUAUUUUUGAAUAUUCUUGGAAUAAAUUAAAUUGAAAUUGA